AUGGAAUCCACCGGUCAUAGUCACAGCCACAGUCGCAACAUCUCGAGGUCUUCUCGACCUCGUAGUUCCACAAGAGGGCCCCUGGAUGGACCGGACGACCCUCUGGGUCUCCUUAACACGCCACAGAGACAAAGUGUGGCCGACCAUGGCAGCUACUCUGGGGAGUCAUUUACUGCUCUGGAUCCACUAGUUCCGGACGAAUUGCCACAGGACGUGGUAAAGGACCUUUCGUACCUUCUGCGGUAUGAUGUUUAUCACUCCUUGUCGCAGGUUGAGAUCCCUCCCGCGUUGCGCGCGGAGUUUGUUGCUCCCGCGUCGGAUGAGUCUCUGGCCCAAAACCUCGGCACUCUGGAGAAAUUGCUAGCAGAGGGUCAUUUUCUGCUGGCAGCCUACCUCAGUGGAACCAUUCUGACCUCAUCUUCGGUCUCAGCUACGGAUAUUAAGCUCAUCUUUGCACUUUUCUACACUCGGCUAGCUUGCCUGGAGCUUUCUGGCAAUCCUGUCAUGGCAGCGCAGGAAUCUAAGGCCCUGGAAGAUCUGAGCUCCACAUUCUACUACCUAGAGCCAGACUCUGAGGCUUCAGAGCCUAACCACAAACAUUCGAUGUAUCCACGCCACAUCGUACCGUGGCCCCUACGGGUAUUGGCUGUUCGCCUUCAAAGUAUCGGGUUUGGCGACCCACGCAGAGGAAUCGGCGGUCUCUUCGAAAUCGGCUUAGAAGCUAGGAGGGAGAUCAUGCGGCAAGACAUAUCUCAAGAAGAACGACAGAUUUGGAAGGAAAGAUUGUCGGACCUAGGAAUUAGGAGCGUCAACGCACUGAUUGAAAUGGGAGAUCUCAACGCAGCCAGAAGAUCGUUGCACAGCUUGCAAACAUCUCCGACGGAAAGCGAAAUCAACAAGCUGCGGAAAGCGCUCCUUUUCCUUUUGAUUGGCGACCUCGACGCGGCACAGAAACUUUCCAAUGAAUCGGACGGCACAGGGGCCAUAUAUCAACCACUCCUCAGCAUGGCUGAGGGACGAUACAGCGAUGCAGUAUUAGAAUGGAAAGCUAUUCUGGAUAAUGGCACCAAAAGACCCGACGAGGCUAUGAUCUCACAAAAUAUGGCAGCUCGGGAGGUUCUAGAAUCUUUGGUUCAGACAAACCAAUCUUUUUACAGCCUAGUUUUUAACUUGUCGACAGUCUACGAGCUCUGUUCGGACAAGGCUGAUAAGUUGAAGACCACGCUCGUGGACACCGUCGCUCAACAACCGGUUACUGGCGACAUCAACCUGGAUCGUCCGAAUGUUGAUUUCAAAUUGUGA